AUGGCGCCCACGCACUGGGAGGAGGCUUUGGAUGCCUCCGCGGUUUCGCGGCCGGGCACGACGCAGUACGAGCCCGGACCGACGUGGGAGGCGUGGGAGGAUGAGCUCCGCGAGGAGCACGAGUACGACGACUGGGAGAGCAAGCUGCAGGCGUCCGCCAAGCGCGACCCCGCGAUGCGGCCCGCGCGGGUGACCACGGUGGACGUCAUGGUGCGCGAGGCGCUCGUAUCGGGGCUCGGGCAGGACGAGGCGAUCGCGCGCGCCGCGGCGGCGCCCCCUCCGCCGUCCCCGUUUCAUCCCCCGUACAAGGGCCUCGGGAUCGUCCCGAGGGAUCGCGCGCCCAAGCGCGAGGAGGAUUGGUGGGACCACGACGACAUCCACCCGGAUGCGCACAGAGCGCACGGGGGCGCGAACGCGGAGACGGCGACGUACGCGGACGGUUCCCCGCGCAAGCCGCCGCCGCACGGCUGUUCGAACGGGGUGGAACCCGGGACGGGAUCGUUUCGGUCGCCGCGGGGCAAGACCCUCGACUGGAAACCGCACUUACUUCGCGAAGGAGAGGGCGAAUGGUUCGACCCGCGUGAACUCGACCAAGGCGUCGUGAGGGACACCACGGAGGGACGCAGCUGGCUUCAGCACCCGAGACGCGGGGACCGGGCGCCGAGCAGGGCGGGCGAGCGGUACGACGCGGAGUGGGAAGGGGACGGAUGGUACGAGCAGUCGCCGCCGCGAGGGGAAACGGGAGGAGCUACGUCGUCGGAAACCUCCUCCAGGACGGACACGGACGAGUCGCGACUUUGA